CACUCUACAGAUCGACAAAUAAUUCGAGUCACUUUUGCCAGAUUGAGCGUGUUUAUUGGCGAUUAUACUUACGCAGACGGUCGACAGUAUUGUGCACAAUUACUUGAGGCACAUAGAAGUAAGAUCAGUAUUGGAGAAGAAGAGAAUUAUGAAAAUUAUGCGAGUCAAUCGCGUUAACAAACACGAUUCGAUUUGGUAAUGGAAGAGAAUUCCAUGCAGAUCAUUCCGAUCCUAUUUACGAUGCAAACACGAAAGUAUUAUCCCACUGGAAAGAGUGGUGUCUAAAAUAAGAAUUUGAUUAAUCGGCACGAUUCGAUUAGCAGGGAAGAAGCAAAAGUUUGAUUGAAUGAGCGGUGGAAGGAAAUGGGAAUGGAUGAACGAUGUGCAUAAUCAUAUGAUUGAUCAUUGAGUGUGCACGAAAAAUUGUCUCGUUGAUUAUAAAGAUAUACAGAUAAUAAAAAAAGAGAGAGAGAGAGAGAGAGAGAGAGAGAGGGGCUGAAAGGAAACAGUACGAAAGCUAAGGAAAAUUGAAAAAUGCAAGCUGCGUCUAAUCGACGACGAUCGAGGACGAUUUGUGAUUGGAGCGUCGUCGUUGAGAAUGGAGGAUAAAUUUAUCCGCGUCGCGAAGAGGAAUGCGGCAGAAGCGUGGAGGAAAAGCACGAGUACCGCGGAACGCCGCAGUCGCAUUUCCGGUUUAAAUUUAACGUGAUGAUACGUGCACUUUCGCAAUUAGCCGAUAUGGAGACCGUUGAAUUUAACUGGAGAGUAUAUGAUGUCGGAAGGUGGACUGGCACCUAGUAUCAGCCUCUCGUGCUACAGCUAUUCAAAAGAUUCACGUACUAAUUGCUAGUCGCACCUACGUGUAUGUGUUAAACUUCCACAAAUUGCAAGGUGUACUGCACUGUAACCCCAUGACGCAUUUAAUACAUGGCCCGCCUGGAGAUACCGAGCAUAGUGGUGUAUAAAAGAAGCAGGUCGCAGGAUCGACCUGAGAGUCCUACGGUGGUGGUGCAAGGAGGAAUGCCCUCACUGCCGUCCUCCAAGCAAGGCCUUGCCAUAAGUGGCUGCGGUGGUGCGCCUCAUCAGGACACCUCGGAAUCAGAUAUGAUAGACGGGAAUGCCAACCCUAACGUAGGCACAUCCCCCGUACCGAACUCGCUCCACCGUCCCGCUUCCUUCUGUUCGUCAUCCGAUAAAUCGGACACUGAAAGCAAGAACUUUCGCAAUCGGACGAACACGAAACUGAAACUGUUAGUCAGAAGUCAUGCCAUGAGAGAGUCGACAUCCCCACCGCGGGAACCGCACGGCAACGGUCCAACGUCGCCGCACAGUCCGCAAUCGGCGGAUGGCGAGAAAAAGAUCAUAUGCAGCCUCUCGCCCAAUUCUGGCGCCAAGCUCAACAACAACGAAUCCAUAUUCAAUAGCAAUCUUUGUUCCGCUCAAUCUCCCAAACAGAUGCGCAACACGGCGACGUCGCCGACUUGUCGGGCACCGUCGCGAAAUGGUCAAUCUAGUCCUUCUCAGGUACAUUCACCAAAGAGCAUCACAUCUCCAACUAAUGGCAAUAAAUUGGAAAACCACCGCUCCAAAUUCGCUAGUGCGAAUAUCAUUCAGAAAUGCAAUAACUGUGUAAAGAACAAUCAAAAUGAGCGACCAGGUUUAUUGCAGACUCCGAUAUCACCCAUCAGAUGCGGUCAAACGUUGCAGCAUUCGCCAAAGAGCACCAAUCUUGCUCCGUGCGGCCAGAAUAAUCAGCACAAAUCCGAGCAACGAAGGCCGAAUACAUUGAAUAUUUGUAAUAAUCAAUGCUCGGCGCAAUGCGGCAACACACUCUCAGUAACUAGGCCCGGAUCUAGGCACAAGUUAAGACACCAGAAUUCGUCCCAAGGCAGUUAUGAUAGCGCAUCGCCAUGUCUUUCGCGCGAUAGUAGCACGGAGCUGUAUACGGACAGCACCGGGAUAGAUCUCGAACAAUUUAUUGCGGAAACUAUAAACCGCAAUCAGAAGGAUCGCACAGUGUUGCUAAAGAUUGAGAAAGAUUUAAUUGAUUUCGCGAAAGAUCGACAGAAGGUUUCUCAUAAAUUCCCGAACAUGUCUUCGUAUAACAGGAUGCUGGUGCAUCGAGUAGCAGCUUACUUCGGGAUGGAACACAAUGUGGAUCAAUCGGGUUUAAGCGUCAUCGUCACGCGGACGAAAAACAUGCGAAUACCAGAUACUCGCUUCAAGGAGCAUAUCAGAGAUGAUCUGAUCCUAUCGGAGGAACCGCGAAGAAGUAUCCUGAAACGAGAUUCGAGUUCGUUUGAGGAUAGCUUUAACUUCAAAUCGCCUGAUAGAUUGUCGGGCGAUUGCUGCCGGCGUAGCAAGAGUUUCGAGGAACGAGAAGAGGAAUACGAACGCGCCAGACGAAGGAUAUUUAAAGAUAGUAGUGGUGAAAGCAGCGAAAUUACGUCCUGGCCAUGGUCCUCGACGGAGAGUUCGGAUGCCUCUGCGAAAUUUCGUUUGCUACACCCGGAUCAUCUAGUCAGACAAAAUCGACUUCUGAAGGGCGAAUCUUUUGAUGGAAGGGAUUCAUUCCGCGGCGGAGUAUUGCGCCCAUCGGUUUCUAAGUCAUUCAGUUUCGGUGGAUAUACCAAAGGCAUGUUGACAAGGGGAGACAGUGUUACAUCCACACAUAGCGCAGGAGCUCGCCUUAUGAAGCAAGAUUCUGGGGCGAGCAUGUGUUCACGUUUAAGUCCGAGCCGUUCGAGUAGUGGUUAUAAAUCACAGAGUCAGCGCAGCGACGCGACGCUAUCGCCAUCUCUGUCACCUUCCCCCGUACCUGCCACUAUGACGUGUAGCCACACUCAAGUGUCCAGUCAGGACUUAAUUUCGCCGGAGUCGAACGGUGACCAAACGGUUAUGUGGGCAGUCACUAGUUUGUCCAGCGUACCACCUGGCAGCAUAAUAAUAAAUCCACAAACCAAUCAGCCAUAUACGAACACGGACGGCUCGAUUUAUCGCUAUGAUCCAGACAAUCCACCAAAGUUCUUUAAUAUGGAGAAUGAUAAUGGCACACCAUUGUCCGCUAAUAAGCAGCAGCAGCAGCAACAGCAGCAGCAGCAGCAGCAGCAGCACAUGGAAUUGCCCUCUGAAUUGCCCUCUGAGCCGUCCAGAACGAAUAACAACCUCAAGAAUGACAAUAGGAAACAGAGAUCGCCGCAAUCGAGGAUUAAUGUUACGGGGACGUCUACCGGGGCCCAAGUAACGAAUACAGCGACGUCGCCAAGCCUGCCAUUCACUCCGCCGCCACCGCCACCACCUCCUCUUCCUCCUGCUUCUGCUCCGCAGAAUCCACCCAUUCUGCAACAACAAGCGCAGCAACAGCAGCCCCAAUCUCAAUCGCAUCCGCAGCAGCAAAGUCUAGUCAAAUCGUCAACGACACUACCGAUAUUUAAUCAUACUAACCAAACAGCUCAGCAACCCUAUGCGACCUACGUACCUACCUCAGAACCGUAUAAUCAAGGUGUCUAUCCACCCCCCAUGGGACAACCGACUGUGAUGAUGGCAUCUCAUCCUACUCAGAAUCAAGCAAGUGUACAAAAUGGCGGUCAGGGCGAUGUCUUCAAUCAGAAUCAGGUCUACACUAAUUAUGCGGUACCUGUGCAUCAAGGACCAAUAUCACAGUCAGGGGACAUGGCCGAGUUAUCCGGAUAUUUCUUAGGUAUGAACAUUUACGAUCAACGUAGCAAUGGGGACAGCCAUUCCACGCCUCCGCAUUCUACGUAUCCGCCACCCUCUGCAAAUCAGACCGUGCAAAAUGUGCAGUCAAUGCAACCAAAUUAUUGGCAACCAUCGCCAAAUCAAAUACCGCCUCAACAGACUAUGUAUUUUGUGCCUCCACCUGGAACGACAAUUUCUGUCGGUCAGAAUCCGGGGGACAGGCAACAGCUGCAUCAACAACAGAGGUUUCCAACGAAUUAUUCUUUCAACGCGCAAACGAUGACGUCUCCGAGCCAACCAAGUUCUAAUUUCGUCGGCAGUUAUCCGGUACCUUACAAUUCGUUACCAGCAGUAACUCCAACUCCUGGCGACUAUACGUAUCAACCACAAGUUCAAAUGAUUCCUACGUAUUAUCCGCCAGGGCAGCCGGCGAUGCAACCACCGCCUGUGAUGUACAGAGUACCUACGCCACCGAACACACCAACAUCUAGUCAAAUACCUGGUAUGCCGUUGAUGUACGUUAACUCAAGUAGCUACGCAGCCCCGACAAUGGUGACCAGUGGAACAUUCGGACAUCAGGUCACCCAUAAUGGUACGUCCCCGGCGCCGCCUGGAGCAUAUAUGGCACCCACGCUGGUUCCCAAUCUCGUCUUCAGGCAAAAUGUUCCGAUUGUUCCCAGCGUGCGGGCGACAACGCCAGGUAACUCCCAAAGAGCCAGCCGGUCUCCAACUCCGGCGCACGAAUUCUUCGGAGGUGGGAGUGGGGACCGAAGCGCACAACCUCAACCACGUUACCCACUGCCAAUGUAUCAGGGUGUCCAUAUAGUGCAAGGGGACAUGAGAUUGAUGCACUCAGGCGUACCAUCCAAUUCCCGGUUGCAGUAUGCACCAGUAUCAUCACCGCCUGUUGUUCAAGGCUGCCCGCGGCCUUACAGGCCACCUUCGUCUAACACCUCGGGUGCCGGUACGCCGAUUUCCUUUGACGGCAGAAAUCAGAAAAAUCGCAAAUAUAGGUCCAAAAUAACAUCUUUGCCACCAAGCGGCGCACGACCCAAUUUUUAUCAAACAUCUUCCAUGUCAUCGCUCCCAUCGAAUAUACCCAAAGACAUCAGAGAAGAAAUUCCACGAAGAGACGGAAAAAAGGCAAACACUUAACACAGCCAUCUCACAAUCGAAUACGAGCAAUUCUUCAAGAGAACGGGUUAAUAUAAGUUUGCGAGACCUCACACAUUCGUAUACCCUACUAUUUUUGUAAUGCGAUGUAAGAUGAUGGACAACGACGAGCAAUAAAUCGGUGGAAGAAGACAGGACAGAAAGAGAGUAUAGGGAAUCAUCGCGAUAUCUAAAAUACGAAAAGGUUUAGAUGCGAGUUGCAAUAUCGAUGUUCGCACAAAAGAAUAUACCAUCUUUAUCUUUCUCUCUCUUUCUUUCCUCUGACUGUUUGGCGGAGUCCUUCCGUUGAUUUGAGCGUCCUUUUAAUGAUAAUCGAAUCGUUGUUCUGCGUAACAAGAAUCGCAGCAGAAAAUUGUUUGUUUUCUUAUUUGUUGUAUAGUAUAGUAGAGACGCGACAGAGUGUGUGAUUUGCGAGAAAUAGCGAGAAAUAUCGCGAUCUGUGUUUUUCGCUACUUCCCGAUAAGAACACGAGAUAUGUGUGUUAGAACGACGUGAAAAUGGAGUUACUUUAGCGAUACAAAAAGCAACGUAUCUUACCAUUAAGCGUAUCUUUUUAUCACAGUUGCUUAUGUUUAGACAAUUAGACUGCAAAGCGAACGAGAACUACGGUGAACGUGACACUUAAUUCUUGACAAGAGACCGGUCGCGUCGAUUAGCAUCCUAUAUUAAGAUUCUGUAACUCUUAACUCUUAUCUACAGUGUUGAUAUAUUUUUGUUGCGUACAUGGGAAAAAAAAAUCUGCUACGAUAAUAUAACAAUACCGAAUUGUUAUUAAGAUUUACAGAAUCAGGGUAUUGAUAAAAGGAUUGACGAAUGAGUUUUUCUGUUCUGCAAUUAAAUAGAAUCGUGAUAUAGAGAUAAGACUAGCCG